AUGUUGUCCAGUUUAUCUAGAUUGUCAUUGAAAAGCGCCAGAAGUUCUGGAUUGGCUACGACUGUGGCCAGGUCAUUUUCCAGCUCUGGAUAUGCGUUGAAGUCGACUUACGAUUCCCCGGAUUUCACCGACUACUUAAACAAGUCUAAAGGAAACAGCCCUGAUAAGAGUAGAGACUUUACUUACUUUAUGGUUGGUACUUACGGUAUGUUGGCUGCUGUUGCUGCCAAAUCUACUGUUGACUCUUUCUUGUCGACGAUGUCUGCCUCUGCAGAUGUUUUGGCCAUGGCCAAGGUUGAGAUUAAGUUGGGAAAUAUUCCAUUAGGAAAGAACGUGGUUGUCAAAUGGCAGGGUAAGCCCGUCUUUAUCAGACAUAGAACCCCGGAUGAAAUUGCCGAGGCAAAUGCUGUUGAUAUCUCCAUCUUGAGAGAUCCACAGAAGGACUCUGACAGAGUCAUCAAACCGGAAUGGUUGAUCAUGAUGGGUAUUUGCACACAUUUGGGCUGCGUGCCUAUUGGAGAGGCCGGCGACUUCGGUGGUUGGUUCUGUCCUUGCCAUGGUUCUCACUACGAUAUUUCUGGAAGAAUCAGAAAGGGUCCUGCUCCUUUGAACUUAGAGGUUCCUCAUUAUGAGUUUGCCGAUGCUGAUGAAGCUGUUCUCAUUGGUUAA